UAAAUUACAACUGUGUGUGUUGACUUUGCAAAAAUUUCUACUAGUGUCAUUGUGUUUUAUUUUAACAGAAGCUGAAAAAUUGGAAAGGAAAAUCAAACGAUUUACAAGUUUAGUCCCUAUAAAAUAACAAAUAAAUUAUCUCAAAAUAAUGACCGUCACCAAUCGGAUGGACAUAGAUGCCGCCUGCAAAGGUGAGGGCUUUCGUUCCUACUACAUACAAAAAAUCGAAGAACUUCAAUUGAUUGUUGCCGAAAAAUCACAGAAUCUUAGACGUCUGCAGGCUCAACGCAAUGAAUUAAAUGCAAAAGUUCGCAUGUUGCGCGAAGAGUUGCAGUUGCUGCAGGAGCAGGGAAGCUAUGUCGGCGAAGUUGUUAAGCCCAUGGAUAAGAAAAAGGUUUUGGUUAAGGUGCACCCAGAAGGUAAAUUUGUUGUAGACAUUGAUAAAAACAUUGAUAUCAAUGAUGUUACACCCAACUGUCGUGUUGCCUUGCGCAACGAAAGUUAUACUUUGCAUAAGAUUCUACCCAACAAAGUUGAUCCUUUGGUAUCGCUUAUGAUGGUGGAAAAAGUACCAGACUCUACCUACGAAAUGGUUGGUGGCUUGGAUAAACAAAUCAAAGAAAUCAAGGAAGUCAUUGAAUUGCCCGUUAAACAUCCAGAGCUUUUCGAUGCCUUGGGUAUUGCCCAACCUAAGGGUGUGUUGUUGUACGGUCCACCCGGUACUGGUAAAACUCUUUUGGCUCGUGCUGUUGCCCAUCAUACCGAGUGUACAUUUAUUAGAGUUUCGGGUUCGGAAUUGGUACAGAAAUUCAUUGGUGAAGGUUCUCGUAUGGUACGUGAACUUUUCGUUAUGGCUCGCGAACAUGCACCCUCAAUUAUUUUCAUGGAUGAAAUCGAUUCGAUUGGUUCGUCACGUAUCGAGUCUGGUUCGGGUGGUGAUUCUGAAGUUCAACGUACCAUGUUGGAGUUGUUGAAUCAGUUGGACGGUUUCGAGGCUACCAAAAAUAUUAAAGUCAUUAUGGCCACCAAUCGUAUUGAUAUCUUGGAUCCUGCCCUUUUGCGUCCCGGCCGUAUUGAUCGUAAAAUUGAAUUCCCCCCACCAAAUGAAGAGGCUCGUUUGGAUAUUCUCAAAAUUCACUCACGCAAAAUGAACUUAACUCGUGGCAUUAAUCUGCGUAAAAUUGCCGAACUAAUGCCUGGAGCUUCGGGUGCCGAGGUUAAGGGUGUGUGCACAGAGGCAGGUAUGUAUGCGUUGCGUGAGAGACGUGUUCACGUUACACAGGAGGAUUUCGAAAUGGCCGUUGCUAAAGUUAUGCAAAAGGAUUCCGAAAAGAAUAUGUCUAUUAAAAAAUUAUGGAAAUAAAGUUAUGCAUACUUUGUUUUUGUGUAA